CAGUCGGCAAAUUGACCGCGGGAGCUUCUCCUACCUCUCGCUCGGUCCUCACCCCAACUUCGCCGUUCCAACGAAAGUUCCAGCAUUUUCCUCUUCCAGAGCCCAACGAAUCAAAAUAUCCUCACGCUGCUAGUCUCUUUUCGUCUUUCAAUCCAUGGCUUCUUCUAUCUUCUACCCGCUCUCUGCUUCUUCCCUUCCCCUUAUCGACGACUCUACUUCUAAAUCCUUCCUCCAUGGAACCAAGCUCUCGUCUUGGGGUCCCUCUGUUAUUGCUCGUGCGAAGCGAAGUGUCACUGGAAGGAGUUAUAGGUCUCCUUCUGCCAUGUCGCUCAAUCAUAUUCCCGAGCAAUUCAGGGAAGAAAAUCUCAAGGAUGGAUUGAUGGACAAUUACAAGAAUGUUCCUCAAUAUCUAUAUGGUCUUACCCCAUCACAAAUGGACAUGUUCAUGACAGAAGAUAACCCUGUCCGGAGGCAGUCUGAAAUUGUUACAGAGGAAAGCAUUUCCUCUGCUAAAAACUAUUUGGAUAAUGGAGGGAUGUGGAGUCUUUCUGGCAUGGGAGAUAGGGGCCCUGCACAAUGCAGUAUGAGUGUUAGCAUGUAUAGAGGAGGAGCCAGGGGAUAUGGAAGACCUAGAACUGCUCCGCCGGAUUUGCCUUCUUUGCUCUUGGAUGCCCGAAUAUGCUAUCUGGGUAUGCCGAUUGUACCAGAAGUAACUGAACUUUUAGUUGCUCAAUUUAUGUGGUUGGACUAUGACAACCCUUCCAAACCGAUAUAUUUAUAUAUUAAUUCGUCUGGAACUCAGGAUGAUAAGAUGGAGACUGUUGGAUCAGAAACUGAGGCAUAUGCAAUAGCUGAUAUGAUGGCAUAUGUUAAAUCAGAUGUCUAUACUGUGAAUUGUGGGAUGGCAUAUGGUCAGGCAGCAAUGCUUCUGUCACUUGGAGCAAAGGGUUUUCGUGCAGUACAGCCAAAUUCAUCUACAAAACUAUAUCUCCCAAAAGUCAGCAGAUCAAGUGGUGCUGCAAUUGAUAUGUGGAUUAAGGCAAAAGAGCUAGAAUCAAACACCGAGUAUUACAUUGAGCUGCUAGCAAAAGGAAUAGGGAAAUCUAAGGAAGAACUUGCCAAAGAAUUCCAGCGGCCUAAAUAUUUUCAAGCUCAAGAAGCGAUAGACUAUGGAAUUGCAGACAAGAUCAUCGACUCAAGGGAUGCUGCAUUCGAGAAGAGGAAUUAUGAUGAAAUGCUUGCUCAAUCAAGAGCUAUGAGAAGACAAGCUGGUGCUCCUUCACAGGCAGCAGCAUCUGGAUUUAGGUAAAAUCAUAGAAUGGCGGGUUAAAAAAAAGCAUGGUUCCUUGUUGACGAUGCUUCACAUCUAAUGCCUUUCAAAGGCCGUGGGUUUUGGUGAAAAGUGACAAGUUUCUUUUUAUCUCAACGUAAUUUAUAGUGUGUAAAGUUUGUUUUGGGGGUAAUGUAUUAUGUUCCCUGAAUAACUUAAUCUUCGCUUUUAUCUAUGAAAGAAAAUGGAGCACCUUGGUUAUGCUUGGUUGGUUCA